CUAUAAAUGAUUUUUGGUUAAACUAAAUUUUAUCUCUUUUAUAUAAAAAUUAUCAAAUUUAAAAUAAAUUUCAUAUUUAAUCAACAAUUAAUUUCAGAAAUAUCUAUAAACAUUAUUACAAUAAUAUUUCAAAAAUACAAAUUUAAAGAAAAUUAUGUAUAUUUCUCUAAAUUUAACAUUGUUUUGAGGAAAAAUAUUAAAAUGGUGUUAGACGAUACUUUGGGUUGUGUAAAACGUUCUUGGUCGUUUUAAAACACCUAAACUGAUGAAAAACUAAAGUUUUAGGUGUAUUGAUAUAAAACAAAUACGAAAAUAAUGGUUAAAGAUGAUUUUGUGUAUUUAUGCUUAUUUGCACUCUUUUGAAGCAAAAUAAUAUACUACAGUGGUGGGAAUAACACCCUCGUGAUGGGUUAAAAAUGUUAAAUCGAUGAAAAUUAAAAUUCUAGGAAUUACUGGAAUUACUAGUACUACUAUGUACUAUUGUGAACUACCUUAAACUACCCUAAUUUUUGAAUUACUAUGUAUUAUGCUUGUUUAUAGGAAUCUUAAUUUUUGUCUUAUUGUUUAUUUUUAGAAGAUGUAUAUCAUAUAUUACGUGAUAAUAUGUCCAUAUAAGUGUUUAUUUCUAAAUUACGUUUUCGAAAAAAAUUUGAGGUAAUUUAUUUAUCAGUGGAAAAAGAAGGUAAAACUAAGAAAUGAUUUACCGUUUGAUGUGAGGCUGAGUCGAAUGUCGAAAAUCUUCACCUCUCUCGAAUCGCCAUUUGAGAGACAUUAGUUUUUUUUUAAAGAGAUAAAGUGUGCAACAUUUACCGAUCUCUCGAAGAUCUUCACCUCUAUCAAUGAUCUCUCGAACGAAUUGGAAACACUCAUUGAGAAUCGCAUAGUGAAAAUGACAAUAAUGAAAGAUCAAUCAUAAUGGAAGCAGAGCAAUGAUAAGCUUCGACCUGUUUUCAAGACGAAGCACACAUGAGAAUUGAUUAGACAACAUGAACAGCUAGUUCAUUGGUCAAAAGAAGUAUGGUUUCAGCACGGUACUCCUAAGUUUGCUACUUUCAUUGGAUUACAUAUCAAAACAGUUAGGCGACUGGAGAUAGAAUGCUUAGCUGGAACACUAGUACAAAUUCUUCAUGUGUCCUCUGUCAGGGUCUUUUCGAAUCAGGGGAUCAUCUGUUUUUCGAAUGACCAUAUUCUACUGAAGGCUCAUCAAUACUGAUGUGAGUGUUUUUGUAAUCAAGUUUCACAACAAAGUAGCUGGAACUAAUGGAGUUAAUUUUGGAGUUAAUCACAACAAAGUGAUUAACCAAUGAUUUUUGUCUUUUUCAAACAUAUAGCAAAGUCAAGAAGAGCUAAUUUAUAUUGAACUUUAUUGUUUCCUAAAAAGAAAACCACCAUAUGUUUGCUUCCUGUCUUCAGUUGUAGAGAUUUUUUUUUUGUUGGAUUUUAAUAAUUAACUGGAAACUAAUCAAAGGUAAAGAUCAAGAUCAAGUUUCAUGAUUUAAAAAAAAAAGUUUCAUGAUCUUAUCAAAUCUCUGUUUUUCUGUCUUGUAAAUAACGCUUAUGUUUCUCUUAUCAGAUUCAAUCUGAACUACUUUCUAGACCUAAUGCAAAUCUAAAACAAAACUGUGAGUUUUAUUGCCAAAAGUGACUAAACUUAUGAACAUGUGUUCCCAUCAUUAAAUACAAAGUAAAUUGCAUUUAAUCUGUAUCACCAAACUUCUUGUUGUCUCUGUUUAGAACCAACAGAAAAAUAGUACAUACGCUAUAUAUAUCAUAUGAUUAGUGAUACGAUCAGUGAUUAACAUUAUCCGAUUAACCAUAAACAAUGCGUCUUUGCAACAACAUAGACAAUGAUCCAAGACCAGAACAUUCUUAAAAGACAAUUUUUCAAUAUUUUUCUUCAUAGUAAAUUACCAAAUUACCCUUUACGCUAUUUCCAAAUCUCGACGCAUCAUCGAACUUUGAUUUAUAUAAUUUUAAUUACAGAGCAGACAUCGGAACCAGACAGUGUCCCUCUUUCCUCGCCGAUCUCUCUCUCUCUCUCUUCCUCAUCUCCGAUCUCAAUCAAAACACGCGUCUUUGAUCUCUCUCCACAUUCGAAAAAACAUCAAAGUCUCUGUUCUUACCUACCGUUCUCAAAUUCGCAAUCUUUCGCCAACUUCUUUUCACGGUAUCGCUUCUUCUCUUUCGAUUCGGCUGGAUUUGAUCGAUACCCAUCUCGUGAUUCAAUCUGGGUUUGCGUCAAAAUGUUGAAUUUCCCUGGAAAAUUACAUCAACUCUAAGAGAUUGGAUCAUCUCUCUGUUCUUGCAUGAUGGGUUUAAAUAGAAAGUUAAGGAGCUAAGAGAUAGAUAGAUAGAUAGAAGGAUCAAAUGAUUGAGGAACAAUGAGCAGUUUCACAAAGAGCACAUCGUUCAAUAGAAGAGCAUUGAGUUCUUUAUCUGUAGAAAGCCCUAGGAGCACCUCUUCAACCGCCUUCAACAGCCCCAUUGGCUCAGCUUUCGCCAGCCCGAGAACAUUCGGAGGUAGUCCACGUCCGUACACAAACAGGUUGAAAGAGAUCUCGUACUUGUUUCAAGUCCUCAUCGUCGCAGGAACACUUGUCUCGUUUCUUGUGAUCAUAGCUGGUGGUUACCUCUACGUUGUUCCUAGCCUCGGUUAUAAUGGUGCAUUGCAGUUUAAUGACACCUCUGUUAUAAUUAAUAGUAAGGAGUGUGACAUAUUCGAUGGGAGUUGGGUGGUUGAUGCUAGCUACCCUUUGUACAACGCGUCUGAAUGUCCGUUUGUAGAGAGAGGGUUUAACUGUUUAGGCAACGGGCGUGGGCACGAUGAGUAUCUAAAGUGGAGGUGGAAGCCUAAGCAUUGUAGCGUCCCGAGGUUUCAAGUGCGUGAUGUGUUGGAGAGGUUGAGAGGUAAAAGGAUAGUCUUUGUGGGAGAUUCGAUGAGUAGGACGCAGUGGGAGUCUUUGAUAUGUAUGUUGAUGACGGGUUUGGAUGAUAAGAGGAGUGUUUAUGAAGUCAACGGGAACAAUAUAACGAAGAGGAUAAGGUUCUUGGGUGUGAGGUUUAGUUCUUUUAACUUCACGGUUGAGUUCUAUAGAUCGGUUUUCUUGGUUCAGCCUGGGAAGUUGUUGCGUUGGCACGCGCCGAAACGUGUAAAGUCCACGUUGAAGCUGGAUGUUUUGGAUGUGAUUAACAAUGAGUGGAGCUCUGCGGAUUAUCUUGUUUUCAAUACUGGUCAGUGGUGGGUGCCUGGGAAGCUUUUCGAAACUGGUUGUUACUUUCAGGUUGGGAACUCACUGAGGCUCGGGAUGUCUAUUCCUUCAGCGUAUAAAGUAGCGUUAGAGACAUGGGCGUCAUGGAUAGAGACUCAGAUUGAUCCUAACAAAACUCGUGUGUUGUUUCGUACCUUUGAGCCAUCGCAUUGGAGUGAUCAUAGAUCAUGCAAUGUGACGAAGUAUCCAACCCCGGAUACACAAGGAAGAGACAGAAGCAUAUUCUCUGAAAUGAUCAAAGAAGUAGUCAAGAACAUGACGGUUCCGGUGUCGGUUUUGGAUGUAACUUCGAUGUCAGCGUUUAGAAGUGAUGGUCAUGUGGGUUUAUGGAGUGAUAACCCGUUGGUAUCUGACUGUAGUCAUUGGUGUCUACCUGGAGUUCCUGAUAUCUGGAAUGAAAUCUUGCUCUUCUUCCUCUUUAGACAACAAGUUCCGUGAUAAGGAUUAACUGCAGGUUUUUGCAACAUAACACGAUAGAAAGAAAAAAUGAUUAACGACCCUUGAAGAUUAUAUAUCUCUAGGAGCUAAUUGCUCCUGUUUCUUCUGGGACAUAAAGGCACUGAGGGUCACAAAGUGAUUCUUAAAUUCAUUCUUUGAUUGUUUCUUCUACGUUCUUCUUCUUUAUUGUAUUAUCGAUUCAAAGAGAGUGAGAGGAUCUUCUUCUGGUAUAAAAUUAUUUCAUUACUAUCUGUGACUUGAUUCAAAGCAGUUUUCUUGAUGUCUAAUAGCAUUUUCAACUUUA